ACGAUUUCAUUCUCUCAAUCCUCACUUUUUAGGGUUUUCGUAACCCUUUGCGUCUCUUUAUCGCUGUACCAUUCGAUGGCUGAGGAAGCACAGUAUUCGUCCGGAGCGGACUACGCCACCACGAAACGCAAGUAUGAUGACUCAACUACACCACCUCCGCCUUCAUCCACCCGUCGAGCCACUGGAUUUUCCGCUCCCAUAAUCCCUUCACAGUCUCCCGACUCCGCCCCGGCUUACAACAGCGUACCUCCACCCGUAGAUGAGAUCGAGCUGGCUAAACAGAGAGCACAGGAGAUCGCUGCUCGUAUCUUCAGCAGCGCCGAGGCCAAACGCCCGAAGUUCGAUAAUGGCGGAGGCGGCGGCGGAUAUGAUUCCAAUGAUAGCAAGGGGUUCAGCUCCGGUCCUCCGGAUUAUGGACAAAAGACUUAUUCGACAACUGCUGUAUCUUCCGCUUAUGGUUAUGGCAACCCAAGUAAAAAGAUCGACAUCCCAAAUGGAAGGGUAGGUGUGAUAAUUGGUAAAGGUGGAGAGACUAUAAAAUAUCUUCAGAUGCAAUCUGGAGCAAAGAUCCAAGUUACCAGAGACAUGGAUUCAGAUCCUCAUUCACUCACCCGAACUGUAGAGCUAACAGGUACUUCAGAAUCAAUAGCAAAGGCUGAGCAGUUGAUUAAGGAUGUGCUUGCUGAGGCCGAGUCAGGAGGUUCUGGCAUAGUUUCUAGAAGAAUGCCUGGUGAGUCGGGUGGUGCUGAACAAUUUGUGAUGAAAGUACCUAACAACAAGGUUGGUCUUAUUAUUGGUAAAGGGGGGGAGACCAUAAAGAAUAUGCAAGCUAGUACAGGAGCUCGUAUUCAGGUGAUACCACUACACCCACCCCCUGGUGAUACUUCAACAGAGAGGACAGUACAGAUAGAUGGAUCCAGUGAACAGAUUGAGGCUGCAAAACAGUUGGUUAAUGAAGUAAUCAGUGAGAAUCGUCCGAGAAACUCAAUGGGAAGCGGUGGAGGAGGAUAUUCACAGCAAGGCUACCAAGCUCGACCCCAGACAAACACCUGGGCCCCACCCGCACCCCAAAUGCAACAACAAGGCUAUGGUUACAUGCAACCAGGUGCAUACCCCGGUCAGCCCGCUCAAUACUCCCAACCUCAAUACGGCGGCUACCCUCGUUCAGGCGGAUACGCCGCCGGCUGGGACCAGUCCGGUCAGCAAACAGCACCAGGAGCUGCUGCUGCUGGUGGUGCUGGUGGUGGUUAUGAUUACUACAACCAGCAACAAGCUCCCCAAACCCAACCUCCUGGCGGCACCGUGGCUGCAGCAGACGGGUCUGGUUACGGGUACAGUCAGCAAGGUCAAGGUUACGGUCAAGAUGGGUAUGGUGGGUACUCGCAAUCUGGUUAUGCACAAGGAUACGAUCAACAAGGCUAUGGUAAUCCGGCAGCUGGAUAUAAUGAGACCUCUGAUGGUCAAACUGGUUCAUAUGGUGGACAAGGUGAUACCACUGCUGCUCAAGCUCCACCACCUGCAUCUGGAGCUCAAUCUGGUUAUGUUCAGCCUCCGCCGCCUGCUGCUGCUUCAUAUGGUUCCUACGGGGCUCAGCCGCCUUCUGGAUAUGGUGGAUAUGGACAGAAGCCUCCUGUUACUCCACCAGCUUACGGGCAGCCGCCGCCACAGCAGUCUCCUAAUGCUGCCCCACAAGGUGGUGGCUAUGCCCAACCAGCUUCUUAUAGUGGUUAUGGGCAGGCGGAUGCAAGCGGUCAACGUCCUCCUUAUGGUGGUGCUGCUGCUGGGUAUGGACAAGCAGCAUAUGGGCAGCAGCCAGCAGCAGCAGCAUAUGGAGGAUCGUAUGGCGGUGGUUACCCCCAGCAACCUCCUGCAUAUGCCGGCGAUGCAGCUGCUCCGGCAACCCAAGCAAGUCAGGGUAGCAGUGGUGGUGGUGCGGUUGCUAAAGCUUCACCUCAGCAAAGUUGAUGAUCAGGUAAGAAGAGUAGAAUGUUGGUUAUAAUAUUGUGGUAAGUGGUAACUCAGAUGAUCUUUUCUUUCCAUGUUAAUUGAAUAUUUUUUCAUGUUUUUGUUGGAUACUUGGAUAUGCCCUUUUUAGACAUUUCACAUGUUCCAUAUUCCAUAUUGCAAUGCUUGAUACAGUUUUCUUA